AUGGAUAACUUCGAGUACAGCAUCCAGCUGAACGACAGGGAAUGGGCUGAGUUCUUCUUGGCCUCGGAGGAGUGCAGCCUCGCCCCGGCCUCGCUGGCCACGGCCGAGGAGCAGUGCCUCAGUGACAUUGAGCAAGGGGACGGCCACGCCAGCCCCGACAGGCUGAUCCCAGCCAGGGAGGGCAGCGAGCCAGCGCCUGGCACGGGGAGCUCUGCCCCACGUGGGGUGCCCGGAGACACCCCCCUGCGCUGGCAGGCCGGUGGGCACCUCUCCCCGGCGGAGCUGCUGUCGGGCAGCGAGGACGAAGCGGAGCUGGGCUCGGUCGGCAGGUUCCUGUGCGAGAGCGACGAGCCCGGCUGCCUGGCCCCCGCUGCCAUGCCCAGUGCACAGAGGAGGCAGCCCCCCCGCCCUCCUGCAGCCCCCCUGGAGGAGGCGAGCGGGGAGAGAGCGGGGGCCGAGCAGAGCUCCCCGGCCGGGUCCCCCAGCGUGGUGAGGCCCAAGGUGCCGGGGCAGCAGAAGAAGAGCCGCAAGCAGCAGCGCGGGGCCGGCGCUGCCGAGGGGGACAGGGACCCAGGGGGGGCUGCGGCUCAGGGGGCCGCUCAGGGACCCGGGAAGGCACCUCCGAGCUCGCCAGCAUCCUCUCGGAAGAGCAAAGGGAAGGACAAGGCGGCCAAGGCGGCUUUGGUGAGGCUGGGCAGCGAGGAGGCGGCGGAGGCCAAGCAGCAGGUGCCCGGCCCUGGUGUGGAUGAGGGUGAUCCAGCUGGGAAUGCUCCCCUGAGGCAGAAGGGGAAGGAGCCAGGGGCACAGUCCCCGGGGAAGACAAAGGCCACCAAGCCCUCAAAGGCAGGGCAGGCUGGUGGCUUGGGCGUACGUGACAGUGCACCACCGAUCCCUGACAACGGAGCCGUGGCUCCUUCAGGAGAGGCAUGCCAGGAGAUGCCAGGGAAGCCUCUCCAAGCCAAGAACGUGGCAGCUUUUGGAGGGGAUGCUGCUGAGGGAGCUUGUGGGGAUCCUGCAGCUGGGAUCCUCAGGGAGCCUGCAGCUGAGAUCCCUGGGCUGAGCCCCCCAUGCUUUGCAGAUGGGGCUUCUGCGAGGUCAAACACCCUGGAUGUGACCUGGCCUGAGAUGUAUGACUAUUUGUUCUGUGAUUCCCAAGAGGAGGAAGAAGAACUGGGGAGCUCAGUGGAGGGGCGGAGAUCACCCUUGCAAAGGGAAAUAUCCUGGCCUGAACUCUAUGAGUAUUUUUUCAACGAGCCAGAAGGUAAAAGGAAAAAAGACAAACGUAAAGACAGGAAAAGGAAGAAGUUCGGCAGCUUGGACCACACUGGGCUGCAGAAUGAGGAUCCCAGCUCAGCUCCAGUCAAGGACACUGUGAUUAUCUCAGUCCCUGAGGUGUGUGAACACUUCUUCCCAGAGAGACCUAGGAACAGGAUGGGCUGGAGAGGGAUUUUCUCAAUCGCUCCAGCCUCCGAGGUGAAGAGAGCUGUGGGGGCUCUGAAGUCCUUCCUGCAAAGGAAAAGACACCCUGUCGGAGGAGAAGCCCCAACCUCCCAGGCUCUGGUGCUGAGAGGAUCCGGAGAGAAGUUCGCCCUCGUCCCGCUGGCUCCCCUGGGAAGAGGCCAGGUGUGGCCAGAGGGUGAGGACAUGGCCCUUGCACUGAGAGGGACAGCAGAGGAUCCACGAGUGCUGACCCACAAAGACAUGUGCCUGGUCUUCUGUGCCUUUGCGUCCUGGGCAGUGAAGACAUCUGACCUGCAGGCUCCGGAUGCCUGGAAGACCAUGUUCCUGGCAAGUUUUGGCACGCUCUCUGCCAUCCGCUACUUCCGGAGGCAGGUCAGAGAAGGACACCCCCGGACUUAG